ACAUCAUAGGCAAGAAAUGGAUGGAGAUGGAAGCGACCGUCACCGUCUCAAUGCAAGCGGUUAUCCCUUCCUUUAGGAGAACGGCGUCAGUGGCGGCGCUGAGAAUGAUGUCCACAUCCUCAACUAUUUCCCCAAACCCUAACCCUAUCCUCCGCCGUCCCGCCAUGAAAUCCACCUCGGAACCACCAUCAGCGGCGGCGCUAAGCUUCCCUUUCUUUUCCAAUCCCAAAAUCGCUCUCUCCACCGCAGCUCAAAAUGCUACUAUCUCCAAAUGCUUCGCUUCUACACCUGCCACGAAUUCUAUUCCCAUUCCGCCGGCGGCCGAAUUGGGAAAUGAAGAGUCCGACUCCACCAGCACGGAGCCUAAGCUGGUGGUUGUUUCCUUCUAUAAGUUUGCGGAUUUUCCCGACCACGCCGAGCUUAGGAAGCCAUUGAAGGAGCUCUGUGAGCAACUGCUCGUGUCAGGUGGUAUUAUUCUUGCACCAGAAGGAAUAAAUGGCAGCGUAUGUGGCACCCGGGAAUCAGUGGAAGAGGUUCUUGCAUUCAUUCAACGUGAUGACCGCCUAAAGGGACUUAGACGGGUGGAGUCACCAGUGAGUCCUGAGGAAGAGGCUAUUCAUCAAGGACAUACGAGCAGCUCCCCUCUUGCUGCUGGUGAAGAUGCUCCGUUUCGAUGGGAUCAUGUUAGGGUUAAGCUGAAGAAAGAGAUAGUCACGCUUGGCAUGCCAUCCGUCUCGCCAAUUGAAAGAGUUGGCAAAUACAUUAAGCCAAAGGAUUGGAAUGCGUUGAUAAGUGAUCCAGAUGUUGUUGUUAUUGAUGUGCGCAAUGACUAUGAAACGAGAAUUGGGAAGUUCAAAGGUGCAGUAGAUCCAUGUACCGCUGCAUUCCGGGAUUUCCCAACCUGGGUUGAGGAUCGCUUUGAACUUGGAGAGUCGGAAAAUCAGAUGCAUUCAGAAAAGCAAGUUACGGAAAUGGAAAAGAAACCACUGCCCAAAGUGGCAAUGUACUGCACGGGUGGGAUUCGCUGUGAGAAAGCUUCAAGUUUGCUCCUAAGGAACGGGUUUGAAGAGGUUUAUCAUCUGGAAGGAGGGAUUUUGAAGUAUCUCGAGGAAGUUCCCGAGACAGAGAGCCUCUGGGAGGGGGAAUGCUUUGUGUUUGAUAAACGCGUUUCAGUUGAACAUGGUUUGGCCCAAGGCACAUUCAAGCUUUGCUAUGGCUGCAAGCAACCGGUGAGCGAUGCAGACAUGGAGGCUCCAGAGUGGGAGUACGGUGUCUCCUGUCCAUACUGUUUCUCGUCGAAAUCUGAAGAAGAGAAAGAGCGAGCCAGAGCUCGUCAAAGGCAGUUCGAGAGAUGGGGCAUUAUCGGUGGUCCAGACAAGGGUCGAAAACCAGCAAAGAUCAUGGAAGAGAGCAAGCAGCACAGCCCUGCCCAGAUGUCAAGGUCCCUUUAACUUCUUCUCCCUUAUAUAGAACUUGUUUUAAUCUUAUUGAAGUUAUUAUGAUAUGAAUAGGGAAAAAAAAAAAGGAUCUUCCCUGACAUGAUAACACCUUUCAUUUGAUUC